AUGAAGUCCUGUGGACUUCUCAAGAGUAGUGGUCUGGCUAUUAGAAGGACUAAUAUCACAACCCUUCUAAGACCGAUAAGCGGACGAACUCUUGCAACUGUGAAUACGAACAAUUCGACAUACAAGCCUGAUAUCGAAUCCCGCACUCCCCCCUACCCGAAACUCCUCAAACGACUCCAUGAGGUUCGAAGAGUAUUAGGUCCUUCAAGAAGCUUGACCCUUGCGGAAAAGAUUUUAUAUUCCCAUCUCGACAACCCAGAAGAAUCACUCUUGUCAAACACCGACAAUGGACUCAACAUCAGAGGAAAUGCAAAUCUUAAGCUCAAGCCAGACAGGGUUGCUAUGCAGGAUGCGUCGGCACAAAUGGCAUUAUUGCAAUUCAUGACGUGCAAACUGCCUUCUACUGCUGUGCCAGCCAGUAUUCAUUGCGACCAUAUGAUUGUUGGACAGAGAGGAGCAGAUGUCGAUCUUCCAGAGUCGAUCAAGGGCAAUAAAGAAGUUUUCGAUUUUCUGGAAUCUGCGGCGAAGAAAUAUGGUAUCGAGUUUUGGCCUCCUGGAGCAGGAAUCAUUCAUCAAACUGUGUUGGAAAAUUAUUCAGCCCCUGGCUUGAUGAUGCUUGGCACAGACAGUCACACCCCAAACGCUGGUGGAUUAGGAGCCAUUGCUAUUGGUGUUGGUGGAGCUGAUGCUGUGGACGCAAUGGUCGAUGCGCCAUGGGAGUUAAAAGCUCCAAAAAUUCUGGGAGUGAGACUUGAAGGGGAACUGAGUGGUUGGGCGUCUCCUAAGGAUGUUAUCCUAUACUUGGCAGGCAAAUUGACUGUCCGCGGUGGAACUGGAUAUAUUAUAGAAUAUCAUGGACCGGGAGUUGACUCGUUGAGCUGUACUGGAAUGGCAACGAUAUGCAAUAUGGGUGCUGAGGUCGGUGCUACAACUUCGCUCUUCCCAUUCUCAAAACGCCACGUCCCAUAUCUCGAAUCAACACAUCGAUCCUCUAUCGCUUUACAAGCUCAAGCCAUCGCAGAAAGCCCUUCCCUCCGAAAUCUACUCAGAGCCGAUGAAGGUGCUCACUACGAUGAACUUAUCACCAUCAACCUAUCUACACUAGAACCUCACAUUAACGGACCAGCCACACCUGAUCUGUCUACCCCAUUGUCACAAUUUGCGAAGGCUGUUAAAGCAAAUAAUUGGCCAAAGACAGUAUCCUCGAGCUUGAUUGGUAGCUGCACGAAUAGUUCAUAUCAAGAUAUGGCACGCGCACAGAAUUUGGUCAAGCAAGCUUCGGCCGCAGGCCUCAAGCCAGUCACCGACUUUUUUAUCACCCCCGGUAGUGAACAGAUUAGGGCCACUUUAGAGCGCGAUCAGAUUUCGUCGACGUUCACUGAAGCUGGAGGAAUUGUACUUGCUAAUGCUUGUGGCCCCUGUAUUGGCAUGUGGAGCAGGACAGAUGGAGUUGCCAAGGGUGAGCCAAACGCGAUUUUCACAUCAUACAAUCGAAAUUUCCGAGGCCGUAACGAUGGUAACCCAGAUACUAUGAAUUUCCUUGCUUCUCCAGAGAUCGUCACAGCUAUGUCAUAUUCGGGAAGCACAUCUUUCAAUCCACUUACAGACUCUAUCAUGACCCCGACUGGCAAAGAGUUUCGUUUCGAGCCACCUACCGGUGCUGAACUUCCCCAGGGAGGUUUCGAAGAGGGAAACAAGGAAUUUUUGCCAUUAUCAGGGCCCCCUUCUCCUGAAACACAGGUCGUCGUAUCUCCAACUUCCGAUCGUCUAGCCCUUCUGGAACCAUUCGCGCCAUUCCCAGAAAAUGAUUUAGGUGGACUUCGCGUUCUCUACAAGGUCACCGGAAAGUGUACUACUGAUACUAUUUCUGCUGCUGGACCUUGGCUCAAAUACAAAGGCCAUCUUCCCAACAUCUCUGCCAACACACUCAUCACGGCGAUCAACGCCACAACAGGUGAGGUAAAUGUUGCCUAUGACGUUGAUGGGAGCACAUCUGGUAUCCCAGAACUUGCACAAAAAUGGAAGGAUCAGGGAAAAGAAUGGCUCGUAGUUGGAGAAAGCAACUAUGGAGAAGGUUCAGCACGUGAACACGCAGCACUCCAGCCUCGCUACUUGGGAGGACGAGUUAUUCUCUGCAAGUCAUUCGCACGCAUCCACGAAACAAACUUAAAAAAGCAAGGUGUAGUACCCCUUACCUUCGCUAACGGAGAGGAUUAUGCAAAGAUCGACGCACUUGAUGAGGUCAGCACGAUUGGAUUGUAUGAAAUGUUGAAAAAUGGUGGGAAGGGUGAGGUGAGCCUACGGGUUAAGAAACAUGGGUCUGGGGAGGAAGUUAUUCUCAAGACGAAGCAUACAUUUAGCCCUACUCAAGCCGGAUUCGUAUUGGCAGGCAGCGCCUUGAAUCUUUUGGCAAACGCAAAGAGGUGA